AAUUUGCGUUUCGAGUACCAGCAACAGCAAUUGAUUAAGAGCAUCGUACCGGCAUUGAUAAACCGGUCUGACCCGUUUAACAACAUUUUAAUUUUCACAUUAACAAAAACUGGAUAAGAUGCGGAAACAAUAUUUUCACUGAGCCGUAACUUACUUACUACUUGUGAGUUGCAAGUAAGAAAAAUUAAUUUGGAUUUUUAUAAUAGCAACAAAAUGGUAACAAUAUAUUAACUAUUUUCUAUUUUUAAUGAUGAAACCAUUAGUUAUCAAAUGAUAUGAGACAUGGAUGUGUAUAGACUCACAAAUUGACAAAUACUAAACACAUUUAUAUAAAAUUUAGAAAGUAAAUAAACAUGCGAUUUCAAAACGUAAAUCAAAAUCUAGUUACUAUUGUAACUAAGAAAAUUAAUUUGGAUCUUUAUCAACAAAAAUCAAUUAUAACGGAUUGGAUUAUAUAUUCAAACUAAUAGCAACAAAAUGGUAACAGCAUAUUAACUAUUUUCUAUUUUUAAUGAUGAAACCGUUAGUUAUAUCUAUAAUAAGAAAAAAUCAGUCAAAUGAUAUGACAUUGUACUUGUUAUCUCUUUUGAGUUUGCUCUUAUAUAAACCCAAAGACUAAUAGGAAAAAAAAAGAAAACAAUCAAACAAAACACACACACAACAGUUAAUUGUCUAACACAAUGGCCUCAUCUAGAUUAUUUUUAGCUGCUUCUCUUCUCAUGGCUCUCAUGUUCUCUUCCAUGAUCACUUCAAGCCGCGCCACAAAACAGCUUACCAAGAAACAAACGUUAAAACCGAAGUUUUUUGGACAUCCUUUUCCUAAACCCGGUUUUCCUCAGUUUCCAAGACCCGGUUUCCCAGCAAAUCCAAUGCCAUUCCCUCAAUUCCCAAAACCCGGUUUUCCUCAACUCCCAGCCCCAGGGCAAGGUUUCCCAAACAACCCCAUGCCUUUCCCUCAGUUUCCGAAACCCGGUUUUCCAAGCAAUCCAACACCCGGUUUUCCUCAAUUUCCCGGUUUUGGUUUCCCAAAAUUCCCUCAGUUUCCAAAACCCGGUUCACCUUCUUUCCCUCCAGCAACGCCAACCAUCUCCACUCCGCCCUCUAUCCCGGUUACUCCAACUUUGAGCAAUUGAAACUUCUCCUCCAAGCUUAUAUGAUUUAAAUAUUGUAACUGUUGUAACCAUGCUCUUCCUCAUGUGUGAAGGAUUAUAUCAUCAACAUAAGCUAACUGAUCAUGGAUUGGUGGCUUUAAUAUGUGGUGAGUAUUAACUGUAUUUGUAACUAUAUAAGAAGUAAAUGAUAAAUUGCAACUAUAUAAUAACUGUAUUGAGUAUUGACUGUAUGCCUCUGAUACCACUACAAUGGACACAAAAAUUAAAAAAAAAAAAACAUGAAUGAUCAAAUAAACGUAAGUCUCUGAAGGGAUCUCC